CACGACUCUCCCGUGAAAGGUCUGAGCCAGACCUUUCACGGGAGAGCCAGCCGUGUCAAGACGGUGGCCAUCAAGGUGUGCUACGACGAGAAUGACACGGAGGUGCCCAAGAAUGUCUUCUGCACCGUGUACGACCACGGCACUCCCUGCAUGCACGACAUCGGCGGUCCCGUGAUGAGCAAGGUUGACGGUGCCUGGACGCUCCACGGCGUUGUGUCUGGCGGCGCCAAGGGCUGCAAGGUGGGCGAGCACCCGAUGUUGCACACGCGGGUGGCCAUGUUCUUCGACUUCAUCAAAAACUACGCGCACGCUGACAAGGGACAGUGCGACCUCAGAACGACCUCGGCAUAAACGCCUUCUGUACGCUUUGCCGUAUAGCCAUAAAAAUGUAGUGCUCAUCGAAGCAUUUGGUCUUUGAAAGAAACAAUAAAGUCAUUCUAAAACUGAU